CUAUGUAUAAAGUGAUAUCGACUACUAUCAUGAUUAUUGACAGUUACUUAACAAGCAAGUGUGGAUAUUUCGGUUUCUUUAUGUUUAUACAAAUUUAUUGUUUUUGAAGAAGUGCUAAUAAAAAUGUGUUUCUAUUGUAUACAGGUAUAAAUUUUCAAGAGAACCUAUACUAUUUCUAGAAAUCUGACUUUAUUAAAUAAUUUUUCUAUUUGGUACAUGGAUUCUAUAUUAGUGCCCCACAGUCUACACAAAGGAUAUAAAGGAAUCUGCUUUAUUAAGAGAUUUACUUCGUUCAUUCUAAAAGUAAUCACAUUCGUCGACGUUUAUCACAUUGAAAGUCCAGGAAAUGGCUCUUGAUUUCUUUGCUGGAUGUGUUGGAGGUUGUGCUGGCGUUAUCGUUGGCCAUCCCUUGGACACGGUAAAAGUUUCUCUCCAAACACAAGAUGUGAAAAAUCCGAAAUAUAAAAGCACAUUCCACUGUCUUCAGACUAUAUUUGUAAAAGAUGGAAUUAGAGGAAUAUAUCGAGGAAUGUCGAGCCCAUUACUAGGUGUUGCUGGCAUUAAUGCAAUAGUCUUUGGCAUUUACGGCAAUACACAAAGAUGUAUGAAAGACCCAGAUUCGCUGACAACCCACAUGAUAGCAGGUGGAAUAGCUGGGUUUGUUCAAAGUUUUAUUUGCAGUCCUAUGGAAUUGGCAAAAUCUAGAUUGCAGGUAGGGGAUAAGUGUAAAGAUCCCUUAGACUGCCUGAAGAAAAUCUACCGCAACGAAGGCGUUAAAGGCUUAUUUAGAGGACUCAACCUAACAAUUUUAAGAGAAGUUCCAGCAUUUGCAACUUACUUCGUUUCAUACGAAAUGCUGACAAGAAGAGACGAUAAUUUGCCCAUCUCUACAUUGACCAUGUUAACUGCUGGCGGAUUGGCCGGUGUCAUUUCGUGGGCAUUAGUUUAUCCAGUCGACGUCCUCAAAUCCAGGUACCAAAUUGACGGUAUCAAGAGCACGAAAUACACAAGUUCCUACAAUUGUCUAGUACAAAGCAUCAAAGGAGAAGGCAUCGGAUGCCUGUUCGCAGGAUUAACUCCAACGUUAAUAAGGGCAUUUCCGGUGAACGCAGUGACGUUCACAGUCGUAACCUGGACAAUGAAGUUACUAAACGACGUCAACUUGCUGGACAAAAUCAAAGACACCGAAUACUCUGUCGGAAAAUACACCGACGCCAUGUUCUACAACGCUGAACACGCCGCCUGUAUGACAUUAUGACGUAUGUUUUAGCAUAAGCAUGCUUAUUGACAGUACAAAUCAGCUGUGUAUGCUUAUUGAGAUGAUAUUUAGUUGGUUUCAGGAGUUUUUUAGAACACAUCACCAAUUUUUCUGCAUUUUUCUCUCAUUUCUCUGUUUGUACAAAUAUGUAUAUACAAAAUCUAAUAGAUUUAAAACGAAUGCUUUAACGUUUCAAACCUAAUAUACAUAAACCCUUCAUAUCAAGCUUUGAAAAGUGUCCUAAGAUAUCAUGUGUAUUUAUUUUUCUUAAU